CCCUUUGUUACACCUUUUGAUAGACGACUGCUCAGUUGAAGACCAUCUUGGUCCAGCUUGCUCUUGCUCCUCGGAGGUCUUCUCUAGAAUUUUUCCCCCUUACAUCUACUUGGUCAUGUCGACGCUGGUAGAUUUGAAAACUUAUUUUUUGCUUGGGAAGUAUCAGUCUGUGGUCGAUCUGGGUCCCAGGCUCAAGCUCCAUAAUGCUGCGGAAGAGGUCGAACGGGACCUCUACUUUUAUCGCGCGUUCAUAGAGCAGGGAAGCUAUCAGAUUGUUCUAGACGAAAUUCAACCAGACACUUCAGAACCCCCUCUCAAGGCGGUCCGCAUUCUUGCUCAACUCUGUAUCGGGGACAUCGACAGGAGUCAGGUUUUAGAGCAAUUGGAGGCGUGGCUCAAAGAUGCACAGUUUCUCGAAGACCAAAUGCUUUUACUCAUGGCAUCAUUUGUGUAUUUUAGACUGGGCAAUAUACAAAAAGCCUUUCAAUGUGUGCGAGGCAACCAGCUGUUAGAGGCACGUGUGUUUGUCAUUCACAUCUUGCUUCACAUUCGCCGACAUGACUUGGCUCUCAAAGAAUUGCAAGAACUUCAGAAGUCACAUAGACAGGCACUUCCAGUCCAACUCGCUACAGCAUGGACUUAUACCGUUCUUGGUCAGUUUGACCAACUAGAUGAGGCCAUCCGCAUCUACGUCCAAAUUUUAGAGAAGUAUACCGACGCGUUCAUAGCAUUCUAUGGGAUAGGCUUAUGCAGGCUCAGAAAAAAAGAAUACGAGCAAAGCGAAACGAAUUUACUCUUGGCGUUGGAAAGAAAUCCAAACAGCACGGAAACUAUCAUCAACCUAAUUGUUCUUAACCGAAACUUGGGAAAGUCAGAAGAGAGCCACCGAUAUCUGUCUCAACUAAAGAAGGUCGAUCCCCGUUGCUCAUUCUUAGAAUUAGGAGACAAGCUAGCCGCUCAGUUCGACGAAGCCAGCUCGUCAUUCAAGCAGACUGUAUCCGGCCACGAAAAACUGGCUUGAAAAAAAAAAAACUCUGCGACCUCAAAACCACCAGACAGAGCGCCUAUAAGCGUGCGAAUUGAAGGAUUCGAUGCGCGAAGGAAGAAUAAAUUUAGCACCUGAAAAUAUAAUGCGAUAGUGAUUAUAAAAUUCAUACACUACUAUAUACAAUAUACAACUAAGAAAAAAGAGAUACUCUGCUUCUGCUAGCAGAAAGCAAUCAUUCAAAAAAAAAACAACAAAUUUGAAUAAAUUACAGUCUCUCUCUAUGGCGUACGAAUACUCGGAGAGUUCAUCUCAUCGCGCAUAAUUUUAGUUGAUAUUGGCCAAAAGACGUUCUACGGCAGCGCUCACAUUUCCGCCUGUAGCAAUAAGUGCGUUGAUGUUGGCCUGCUCAUCAUAGAAGCCCAUAUCCUUCAGCUGUGUCAGCUGCAUCUGAUAGUGUUCCUCGGGAGGCCUUUGAGGCUGAAAAGCGUUGGGUCCGCCACUUCGAACAUUGGCGUUCCCCAUCAUCUGUACUAGAUCGCUGAACGCAUUCCAAUCUAUCUGAGCCGGAUUGGGAUUCGGCUGAGUUUCUGUUGUCUGUCCGCUGCGGUUAGAAUUGGCAGCAUUUCCGCCCAUGGCGUGUUGCAUCUGCAGAGCCAGGCGAAGGAAAGCCGGAUUCGAGAGCUGUUGCAAGACAGCGGGGUCGGACAUCAAAUUUCGGAUCUGAGGAUUGGCAUUGAGAAGUUGCUGAAUCAUCGGAUUUGCCGAAGACAUCUGUUGCAAAAGGUCGGAGUUGGAGAAGACAGAUAGCAUGAGGUUUUGAGUAGCUGGGUUGGACAUGAUAGAGGACAUGAGGUUGAUAACAGCCGGAUCAGAGGCCAUAUGAUUCAGCGUAUUGAAGUCUGGAAGUGCACCACUAUUCACGUUGUUUUGUGCACCAAAUAGAUCCUGGUUACCAGGAAGUGGUAGAGGCGUCGUCGAGUUACUCUGAGCCGCUUUUGACAUGCAAAAAUUUCCCAGACGAAAAAAAGUGUCAGUAAUUGGGCCAAAAAAAAAUCUUUUCAAAGAUUGACUAUUGCAUUCAUCCGUUACCUCUAGUGGCCCAAGGGUUUGGCAAUGCUGAAGUAUUUGGUGCCGUGAGAUCAGGAGGUGGUGACGAUGUGGUUGGAGUUAGAUCCGUUUCCUCGGACUGACCCAUGCUGUGAACGACCUCGCUCAACGGUUCUUCUAAUGAGCUAUACAUGUUCCGAAGUAACCGAAAGCCUUCAGGAUGGUUCUCGAUGUUCGAUAUGGCCCUAUCCGUAUUCCUUUGUAGCUCUCUCAUCAAGUUUCUAUUAAACAUGAGUUGAGCUACUUGGCGUAGGGUGGCCGAAUCGUUCAACGCGUGCACCAGUUCCGGGUUUGAAUCUACCAGUCCCUGUAGGCGUGGGUUACUUUGGACCAUGGUGCGUAUAAACUCAUCGUUAUUGAAGAACUCUUGGAAGUAGGGUAGUUGCUGUAUAGAAUUGAGCACAUCAGGAUCGAGAGCGAGGCCGUUGACACCAGCAUCGGCACCACCAUGACCACCAAAAACGGAGCCAAAUAAGUUAGCUGAGUUCAUACCUGGCGAAUUUGUCUGUGUCGUCGUGCCUCCAGUCGUGGAAGAGGCUGGCGGCUUUCCCCUAACUAAGUGUAAACUGUAGCCAUCUCUGAUACCUUGAAGCCGUUUUUUUCAUAGGAUGUGAAAACAAUGGGGAUAUUAGACGUUAGAAAAGAGGCGAUCUUUAGGAGGGGAUGUAACAAGAAAAGGAGGUAGCAGGCAUCGCGUCCUCAUCUGAUAGUACAGCAAAA